UAAAUGAUUUGUAUAUGCAUCAUAUUGCAGAUGUGCUAUUUGUAAUUCUGAAUGUUGGACCACGCAAAUUCAUAAACCAUUCAUAUGUCGUGGAUGUUCGAAUCAUUGACCAAAGCCUUCAACCUUCAAUUCUAUCACUCUGGGACCAAUUCUCAGAAUAUGAAGCACCUGCAAUGGCAAAUUUACCAGGCACGUUCCCAGUGGCAAUUGAUCUGCGAUUGAAAACCUCAAAAUACUAUGGUCAAACACUUGCAACACGGAACACAUCAAGUUUCAUCUUCGACACAGUAAUACCAGAAGCAGCUGCGCUACAAUCAUGGGCUAUAGCGAACACCAAAAAACUCAGAGAAGUAGCAGCAACAGAACCAGCACAGAUUGUGAUACCAAAAGCAGACGAAAAUCUAGAAGAUGAUACCAUCAAAAUUGCCAACCUACCCAUAUCAGUAGAGAAGACACAAUACCUGAAUGUGCAAGCUGUGGCAAGAGUUACUGAUUUUGGACAAACCUUUUAUUACCUAGCUUGCUCAAUCUGCAAAAAGGCAACAAAUGCAUAUGGAAACGCAGACUUCUGGUGCAACUACUGUAACCAAAAAGUGUCACCACUCACAAAGAUCAAGUUCAACAUCCAGAUCACAGACCCAACUGGAACAAUACAAGCAGCAGUCUUUUCAGAGAUUGCAGCAGAAUUCUAUAACAUUACAGCAACAGAUGCAAUUGAUGGCCAACUUGCUCUUCCAGUGCUUCACAUGCUAGCUGAACCAAAGAAAUGCAUCAUCACCUUGAAAGCCUACAUGCACAACUAUGCCGGAAUCAGUCAAUUGAAAUUCAAUGUCCACGCCAUCUCUCUUCGCAGCAACACAGAAACAGAAAAUCGUUCAGAAGCACUCCUUACCCUACCACCAAACACUCCAAAUAAGAGAAGCAAAAAAGAAGACCCCAACUCAAGCACCUCAAUAGACACCAACCCAGCAAAAGACUCCGAAGCAACUGGCCAAACUCCAGACAGCCCCAGCAACAACAAAUGAUCACCUUCCAAUGCUCCAGCACUUCACAAUCUUUUGGCACAAAAAAAUGGCAGACCAAGAACUUUUGCUUUAUCAGACUGCAACCCUUUGUCUGAACUUUUGCUUUGUAUAACCCUUUGGCAAAUGUAUAAAAAAACCUGUAGCCAAAGUGAUCCAAGUAACCAAAAAACUUCAACCCUUUUGUUGAACACAAAAACUUAUCUAAAGUAGAACUACUACAGCUAGCUAUUUCUGCUUAUACACUUAACCAAACUUAUUCAUAUAACCUUUUCUAUGAUCACCAAGAUCCAUAAUUUCACAAAAAAUCAAAAC